AUGAAUAGUCAAUAUGUGCGCUUUGAAGUGUUUGGAUGUGAAACUGAGGAACUAACAGACUUCUGGGAAAAGACAAUUGAAAAACAAACUAAGCAUCUGCAAAUUGAAAAAGAACGUCAACAGAGAAGUGCUCUGCCAAAACUCAGAACUGAAUGGAAGGAGAGGUUGGAAAAAAGGAUACAAAUGAUGAAGACUCAAAAUGAAGAGCCAGCUAGUUGAAGGCUUCUUACACAUUUGGGAAAAGAAGGAAAAAUGUUUUGCAGAAGAAAACCAUAGUGUAUUGCAAACACCCAAUUU